AUGCUCAGGUCCGCUCGCAUCGCCCCCACCACCGUCCGCCUCGCGCGCGGCUACGCCUCCUCGGCCUCCAACGUCAAGGCCGCCGAGAUCUCGGCCCUCUCCCAGAUCGCCCGCCAGUACGCCGACGAGGUCUCCUCCAAGUGGGCUGGAACCUCUGCCACCGGCGGCAACACCAAGAACUUCAUUGGUGGCCAGUUCACCGACUCGAAGGCCAAGGACUGGCUCGAGGUCCGCGACCCCUCGUCGCAGGCUGUUGUCACCCGCGUCCCCGAGACCACCGCCGAGGAGUUCCAGCAGGCCGUCGACGCCGCCUCUGAGGCGUACAAGUCGUGGUCGACCACCUCGAUCAUGCGCCGCCAGCGUGUCAUGUUCGAGCUCCUUCACCUCAUCCGCGAGCACACCCCGGACAUCGCCAAGUCGAUUGUUCUUGAGCAGGGCAAGACCUUCGCCGACGCCCAGGGUGACGUCGGCCGUGGUCUCCAGGUUGUUGAGGCUGCCACCGCCAUCACCUCGACCCUCCUCGGCGACAAGCUCGAGGUCACCAACGACAUGGACACCUACUCCCGUCGUCUCCCCCUCGGUGUCACCGCCGCUAUCACCCCCUUCAACUUCCCCGCCAUGAUCGUCCUCUGGUCGGCUGCCCUCGCCACCGUCACCGGCAACACCCUCAUUGUCAAGCCCUCUGAGCGUGACCCCGGAGCCACCAUGAUCAUUGCCGAGCUCUGCAAGAAGGCCGGUCUCCCCGACGGUGUCUUCAACGUCGUCCACGGCUCUGCCAACACUGUCAACGCCAUCUGCGACGCCCCCGAGAUCAAGGCCAUCUCGUUCGUCGGUGGUGACACUGCCGGCAAGCACAUCUACGACCGUGCCAUUGUCCAGGGCAAGCGUGUCCAGGCCAACCUCGGUGCCAAGAACCACGCCGUCAUCAUGCCCGACGCCAACAAGAACCUUACCCUCAACGCCGUUGCCGGUGCCGCCUUUGGUGCCGCCGGCCAGCGCUGCAUGGCUCUUUCCGUCGCCAUCUUUGUCGGCGAGUCGCGCAAGUGGAUCCCCGAGCUCAUCGAGCGCGCCAAGGGCCUCAAGGUCUCUGGCGGCUUCGAGGAGGGCGCUGACCUCGGACCGGUCAUCUCCCCCCAGGCCCGUGAGCGCAUCGAGUCGCUCAUCGGCUCUGUCGAGAAGGAGGGCGGCAAGAUCCUCCUCGACGGCCGUGGCCACGUCGUCCCCGAGUACCCGAACGGCAACUUUGUCGGCCCCACCGUCGUCGAGGUCGACACCAACAUGUCGGCGUACAAGAACGAGAUCUUCGGCCCCGUCCUCAACAUCAUCUCGGCCGAGACCAUGGACGAGGCGAUCGACAUCAUCAACGCCAACAAGUACGGCAACGGUGCCGCCAUCUUCACCAACUCUGGCGCCACUGCGCGCAAGUUUGAGAUCCAGGCCGAGCCCGGACAGAUCGGCAUCAACGUCGCCAUCCCCGUCCCCCUCCCCAUGUUCAACUGGUCCGGCUCCAAGGGCUCGUUCAUGGGCGACAUCCCCUUCUACGGCAAGACUGGUCUCGACUUCUACACCGUCCGCAAGACCACCACCGCCCUCUGGCCUCACCAGGACUCGCUCUCGAGCCGCGCCGCCGUCUCCAUGCCCCAGAUCAACUAA